ACUCUCGUCAGUUUUCAUCAAGAAACAACAAGCAAAUACACAGGAUGUGGAACAACAACUGCUGCUUUAUUUCUUCCCUGGUGAGGAAUACCGCCUAAAUUUGGAAUACUCUUUACUGUGUAACAAGUGAGCAAAAGCAUGCUAAUUUCCAGCUCGGCUGGGGAGGACAAAAGGAACAAUUUAGCACUUGCUAAAUGAAAAGACAGGACGUGAACCUGGGAAGCUAAUAUGGCUGUGGUCAAGGUUUCAAAGAUAAUGCUGGAUCUGCUAGAGAUCUCCGAGGUUUCUUGCGCGCGCAUUUCACCAGGGCGCUUCCUAACUUCAUUUCGCAGCAGUGACAGCGCGUCCUGUCCUCCUUGUUUUUCCAGUUUCCCCUCACAGCCAUGUGCUUUUGUAAAAGAUUCAGCUAAGCAGAAGGCUUCAAAAGGACACCUGAACUGUAUCUGGCUGGCUGUUGGAGAAAGCCAAAAAUCAGAUCUUUUACCAGAAAACUGUGAAUCUGAAAUUAAGACAAAGCUAUUUGUGCCAUGUUUUCAGAGCAUAAAGAACUGGCGUGGGACGCGUUUACGUACUUUAAUUGCAACAUCUUUUUCUGAACAGAAAACAAAGUAUUUUACCCUCGUACCAACUUAAAAACCCUAAGUCUUCUGUCCUGUGAUAAACUGGAUUGUUCCCCCUAUAUACUUCAUCCUUUCCCAAGACUCUUGUCAGUGGCAGCGUGAUUUAAAACAAACUUCAGUUUUCUCUGCUGUUAACUCUUCAUUAGCCCAUGUGGAGGAGAGAAACAGAACGGCCGAGGCUUGCAGGAAGAAAAAGUAUCUGUUCAGUUCAAAUCUGAGGAAGCUGCUGGUCUUGUGUCUGCGGAGGAGACUCUCCUGGAAGACUAUUGCCAGGUUUUAAUAGGCGAUUCUGCCAAAGGAGACCACACAGGACUCUUAGUCCUGCGCUGUGAGUAUUACACCCAGAAAACAAGGAUGCCACGGAACUGCUCUGGCUCCGUUUCAGAGCAUUUUAACCUUAAAGAUUGAGGCCCUUGUUCUUUCGCUGUGCCCACCCUGGAAAGCCCACCACUGCCCCACACGCAGAGGAGACAGCAAAGCCCUCGAGCUGCGUGCUUGGUUUCUGGGUUAGCUUCUCUAAUGAGCCUUGUGUUGUUUUGCGUGUGCCAUGGGACAACCGUCCUAAGGGAAGGAAUUUCAAAUGCAUCCCCAAGUCCUUUGGGAAGGGCUAGCCAACAACUGCUAGUGUGUGUGCUGGCCUGGCAGGGUGACUGGUGCCUAACGGCUCAGCUGCGUAUGGGUUUUUAGGCACAAGCUGUGGAGGGUGGAGCUGGCUCCAGGAGGAGGUGUGCUCUAGGAGUCGGCGAGAGAGUCUCUGCUGGGCUUUGCACUCUCUUUAUCUACUUGCUGUUGCGAAGGGAUUUUCUUUUUUUUUUUUUUUUCUUUUUUGACCUGACUGGACACAGUUUUUAUUAUACUAGCGCAAUUUCCAAGUCAUUUAAUACUCUGAAGAGUUUUAAGAAUUCCUGCCGACCCCUUUCCUGCAGAAAGCCAUGCCCUACCGCAGAGUCCUUCGCCUGGUCCUGCUGACGCUGUGCAGCAUCCUGGUCCCUGCUGUGCUAGCAGGUAAGGAUCUUUGCAGUCCUGAGCACACCACCCACCUGCACCGGCUCGACGCUGGCGACGGGUCGCUGGGGCCUGGGGCUAUCGGUGCCAUCGUCAUCGCCUCCCUCCUGGGUACGUCUGUGCUCGUGGCCUUGGUCGUCAUCACCCUGAGGAAGUUUUCGGCCUCCUGAACUCAAUAAAGGUGUUUUCCGUACUACAACCCGCCUGUCUCCUGCCCUUGCCCGCAUCCACGCUCGGGGCUCUGCCCGCCCGGGUCUCUGCAGGGGGAAUCGCCACCGCCAAGGGUGCUCCCAGCCUAUGG